AAUUCUGGUGAUGUGCUAUACUUCAUAGGAUAUACGCUUAAAACCCCAAAGUUCUUGCUGUUUGAUUAGGUAAAUUUGAGAGAUUACUCUUAAGCCAAGGUGCUUCGUAGACACAGUAAAUUGAUAUUGUUUUUUUUUUGUUGUAAAAAAAAUCAUUUCCCUCACACCAGAGCACAUUGCGUUCGGUUUUAGGGACCAUCGGUUAUUGUGUUUGAUAAGCUUCCAAAACACGGUCUACAAUGUGAUAAGUUCGUUAAAGAGUUUUGAUAAAAGAUCAAAUUCAUCGGUAAUUUGGCAACGUAAGCCGACAAGCCAGUGGUCUAUAAAGCAAGAUUAACUAACUGGCAGCAGGCACAGUCAGUACAGAACCAUUGCUCAAGCAUGGUACUAAGCAACCGCUGUUGGGUCCUGCUGGCCCUGGCUAGUGUGGUCACAUUAGCGCAAGCCUCAACAAUCCGUGACGUGUUGGCGUACCGUGCUGGAAACGGACCACAACCCAGCGAUAUCGCACCACUAACAGCUGAUAUCAUCACCAACGAUGGUUACUUUCUCGAAAUACAUGAAGUAACGACGACCGAUGGUUACAUCCUGACGAUGUUCCGUAUUCCCGGCAGUCCAGCGAAUCCCGUAGUUCAGGGGAAGAACGUUGCCUUCCUGAUGCACGGUCUACUAAGUUCGUCGGCGGAUUAUGUCAUUUCUGGACCUGGAAGAGCACUAGCCUACAUGUUGGUCGAUGCCGGGUAUGACGUGUGGAUGGGUAACGCCCGAGGCAAUACCAAUUCUCGCCGCCAUAUCUUCCACGAUCCGGAUGCACGCAAUACGGACUUCUGGGACUUCAGCUGGCACGAGAUCGGAUACUUCGAUCUACCCGCCAUGAUUGAUUACACUCUCGCGUACACUGGCCACACGACCCUACACUAUGCAGGCCAUUCGCAGGGUACAACUUCGUUCUUCGUGAUGGCAUCAACACGACCCGAUUACAACAAGAAAAUACGCUCGAUGCAUGCGUUAGCUCCGGUAGCUUUUAUGAGCAACCUGCGAUCACCGUUUGUUCGUGCCUUUGCUCCGUUUGUGAAUCAACUAGAAUGGAUCAUGAACAUGCUAGGUGUGAACGAGUUUUUACCUAGCAACGAAAUGAUGAUUAUGGGUGGCCAACGUCUAUGCGAAGACGAAUCGCCGUUCCAGGAGGUGUGUGCUAAUGUGCUGUUCCUGAUCGGUGGCUUCAACUCGCCUCAGCUCAAUCGUACCAUGAUUCCGGCUCUUCUGGAGAAUGCUCCUGCCGGUGCCUCGGUCAACCAGUUGGUGCAUUAUGCUCAGGGUUACAACUCGGGUCGCUUCCGACAGUACGACUUCGGACUAACGCUUAACAUGAUCCGGUACGGUUCGAUUCGUCCGCCCGAUUAUCCACUGCAUCGUGUGACGGCUCCAGUGGCACUGCAUUUUAGCGACAACGAUUGGCUGGCAGCCGUGGAAGACGUACGCGAACUGCAUUCGGAAUUGUCCAAUUCGAUUGGUCUGUUCCGUGUGUCCGAUCCUCGCUGGAACCAUCUCGAUUUCGUCUGGGGUAUCGAUGCCAAUACUUUCCUGUACGAACGAGUGAUUAGCUUUAUGAACCGAUACAACUGAUACUGCGGGGGGCCAAUCUUUACCGACACAAAGGAGUUAGAUUAGGGCCUACUAAACGGGGUAAAGGUAUAUCUACCGUAUGGCACAAAAGCCUUUGUAAAUAAGGAAGCGAUCGCGAUUGUGUGAGUGUUCCAAAUGGAACAAAAAUAUAUGAUUUAUGGAGUUCAUUCAUUGACUGAAUUUUUUGGUAUAACUUUUCGCUUUGGUCUAAGUAUUGUUCUUCAUCUUUAUCUGCUUACUUUUAAAGGUGUU